AUGGCCGAUCUACGCGCCCUUGGUAAGAGUGAACGACGAGUGUUGAAUACGUUGGAAGGAUUGGAGAAUUUUGCACGGAGAUACGACCCCACCCAGGACGAACCUCAAAUAUCAGUGCGCCUGGACUCCCUGGAGGCAAUCUGUAAGGAGUUCUACGCGAUUCGGGAACGGAUUGAGCUACUAACGGACGAAACCGCUGAAGAUGAGGACGACAAGGAUGUACGAUUGCGCGAAAAGGCCAACCUGGCGGCACUUACCGAGUUCGAGGAGCGGUAUUUUCGCUUGAAGGCCAGUCUCACAUCGAAGCGAGCUCCCCCACCACCAAUCGCGACGACGUCAGGAAUCGGUCAACCUGGUGACCGGUCAGAAUCCUCUUUUUCAAAGGUGAAGCUACCAGAGAUUCGCCUUCCGUCGUUUGGUGGGAGGAUUAAGGAGUGGGUCCCGUUUCGAGACAGCUUUUGCAGCCUGAUCCAUGAGAACAAGCAGCUCAACGACAUGGACAGGUUCAGCUACUUGAAGUCAGCUCUUUCCGGAGAAGCGUUGCAGGAGAUCGAGUCUGUGGAGCUUUCAGCUGCAAACUACAGCGUGGCUUGGAAGGCGCUGGAAUCUCGCUACGAGAAUAAGAAGCUCAUAGUGAAGGCCCACCUCGAUGCUCUGUUCGCCGUGGAAGGCAUGAAACGCGAGAGUUACGAUGGCUUGAGCAACCUCAUCAGCGGGUUCGAGAAAAACCUCCAGAUGCUGCAGAAGAUUGGAGAAGACACCGCUGCGUGGAGCACAAUUCUGGCGUACAUGGUGUAUUCCCGGCUGGAUCCUGCCACGCUACGGCAGUGGGAAACGCAUCACAAUUCUAAGGACGUGCCAACGUACCAGAACAUGCUCGCUUACCUACGCAGCCAUUGCGCAGUACUGCAAUCUGUCGCUCCCGUGAGUUCGAAGCCGAGCAGCUCCGACUAUCGCUCAUCGAAGCCAUCCGUGUGCCAUACCACCAUCAAACCGUCGAGGAAGUGCCCAUUCUGUGGAGAUUCGUGGCAUCCCGCUUUCGUCUGUGGAAAGUUCCAGCGGUUACAAGUUGCGGAGCGGCUAGAAGUUGUUUCCAAAGCAAAGCUGUGCCGGAACUGUCUCAGCCUUGGCCAUUGGGCCCGAUACUGCGACAAGGGAACCUGCCGUCACUGCCAGCAGAAGCACCACACUCUUCUGCAUGGAGCACCAAUCCGAUCCUCCGUUCCACAAUCGCAGUCAAACCCUCCGACACAAACCAGACAACAGCCACAAUCCUCGCAACCAAGACCGAACCCGAGACCACAGACAUCAAACGCUAGCAACACUACACCCAGCAACUCUCAACGACCUAGCACUCAGUCACCAGCCAUCAACACUGCCACAUCCACCACUCAAACACACAUUGCACUCCCAGUUACUCCCACACACAACAUUCUGCUCUCCACCGCCCUUGUGAGGGUCCAGGAUCGUCACGGCAAUACUAUGCUAGCACGAGCCCUGCUGGAUUCGUGUUCCCAGCACUGCCUGAUGACGAAAGAGUUCUCCAGCAGAAUGAACUUCCACGCGUCGCCGUCACUGCUCUCCGUUCAAGGGAUUGGUUCGUCGAUCAGCACGUCGACGAAACUCGUCAGCGCUGUAGUUCGGCCAAGGUUGGAGGACAUGUCGGCUUUCUCGCAAGAGAUGCAUUUCAACGUUCUCCCGCGGCUGACUGUUUCGCUACCGACAGCCAGUUGUAGCAUCAGCGGAUGGAACCUUCCCGAAGCAGCCUUCCUCGCCGAUCCGCGUUUCCACGAGCCAGGACCGGUAGACAUCAUAAUCGGAGCAGAGUAUUACAUGGACCUGCUUCGAAGCGAGCGACACAAGGCGACUGAAGAUGGACCUACGCUACAGAAUACUGAGUUUGGCUGGAUCGUCUCCGGCAAGAUACCCGAUCACCCUGUCGGUGGAUCGCCAUCCUUGACUUUCGUCUGCUCCACGAACGAUCUUCAAGACCAGCUCACGAAGUUCUGGGACCUAGAAACCUGUCGAAGUCACAGUACGCAGUCACUGGAAGAGUCAGCUUGCGAGGCGUAUUUCAACCGGACAACCGUACGAGACGAGGCUGGCAGAUUCAUUGUGACCCUGCCGAAGAAGGAGAGUGUAAUCAGUCGGCUAGGUUAUUCCGAGACAACAGCGAUCAAGCGACUGAUGGGAAUGGAAAGACGAUUCGCAGCUAAUCCCGAGCUGAAAGCGAAGUACGCCGAGUUCAUUCGCGAAUACCUCGAGCUAGGGCACAUGAAGGAAGUGGAAGGCUAUGCUGAAGAAGUCAGGAGGUACUUUCUGCCGCACCACGCAGUUCUGAAACCGGACAGUACGACCACAAAACUGCGAGUGGUUUUUGAUGCUUCGUGCCAGACGUCGACCGGUGUUUCCUUGAACGAUGCGUUGAUGGUUGGUCCCGUCGUGCAGGACGACCUAUCCAGCAUCUGUCUACGGUUCCGAACACACCGCAUAGCCGUGAACGCCGACAUUGCCAAGAUGUACCGUAUGAUCCGAGUCCAGCCCCAAGAUUACCCGUUGCAGAGCAUCAAGUGGCGGAACGAUCCAAGUGAACCGCUUCGAACGUACGAGUUGACUACUGUCACGUACGGCACCUCGUCCGCUCCAUACCUGGCUACAAAAUGCCUACAGCGUCUCGCUGAAGACGGAAAGGCGUCACACCCCGUAGCGUCUGAAGUCAUCGAGAAAGACUUCUACGUGGACGACAUGCUCACAGGAGUUGACACAGUUGACGAAGGUCGGCAGCUGGUGAAGGAAGUCAUCGAGCUGUCGGAUUCAGCGGGUUUCACGUUACGAAAAUGGAAUUCCAACAGCGCGGAGCUUCUCGAAGUCGUCCCGGAGAACUUGCGAGAUGAACGUUCCAUCCUCGCACUAGAUUCCGCCGAAACAGCGAUAAAAACCCUCGGUUUAGCGUGGGAACCAGCUACAGAUGUCUUCCGUUUUACCUUCCCCUUGUUCAACUGGACUGCGAUGAUCACGAAGCGCAUUGUAGUCUCCGACGUUUCGCGCCUGUUCGAUCCGCUAGGUCUGGUCGGACCUGUCAUCAUUCAGGCCAAGAUUUUCAUCCAGGAGCUGUGGAAGCAGAGUUGCGGCUGGGAUGACCCUCUGAGUCCCGAGUUACAGGAGCAAUGGCAGGAGUACAGGCGCAAUCUAGCUGGAUUGGAAAACCUAACCGUUCCCCGCUGGGUAGGAACCGGCGGUCAUGCUACUGCCAUCGAGCUACAUGGCUUCUGUGAUGCGUCAAACAAGGCGUAUGGUGCUUGCUUCUACGUGCGAACCAUCUCCGAAACGGGGGAGGUGUGUGUGAGGUUGCUGACGGCGAAGUCACGAGUCGCCCCACUCGUCAACCUGAAAAGGGGGAACAAGCGUCUCUCGACCCCACGGUUGGAGUUGUCGUCUGCGUUGCUGCUAGCCCACCUCUUCGAAAAGGUCGUGAGCAGCCUUGGCAUGCGUGCAAGGUGCUUCUUCUGGACGGACUCAACCAUCGUCAAGUGUUGGCUAUCGUCGUCGCCGUCAAGAUGGAAGCAGUUCGUCGCAAAUAGGGUUUCGGAGAUUCAGCACAUAACGAAGGACGGUGUCUGGAAUCACGUUGCUGGACUGCAGAAUCCGGCGGAUAUUAUUUCCCGCGGAAUGGCUCCCGCACAGUUGCAGUACGAAUCGCUCUGGUUCAGUGGGCCGUAUUGGCUGAGGUUGGACGAGCGCAACUGGCCAUCAGCCCCACCGAUCAGCGAAGACGAUUUCGAUCCGGUGGAUCUCGAAGUCAAGAGCGUCUCUGCAGCACUUCCGGUAAUCCAACCAAGCGACAUGUUCAGCCUCCGCUCAUCGUUCAGCGAUCUCCAGCGCAUCACUGCCUGGAUGUUACGAUUCCGCUACAAUACGCAAUCGGUCAACCGAAGUACGCGACGACAAGGACCCCUCACGAAACUAGAACUUGAAGAAGCGACGAAGGUGUUGGUUCGCCUCUGUCAGCAAGAAAGCUUUCCGCAGGAGUUGGCAGACCUGACGAGCGGCAGAGAAGUUAGAGAAUCGUCGAAGAUCCUAGCUCUAAACCCGCAACUCGAAGACGGAAUACUGUGCGUCGGCGGCCGGCUUCGUCACGCGUCAAUCACGAACCGCCGCAAGCAUCCGUACAUCCUCGAUCAUCGACAUCCGUUCGCUUACAUCGUCGUCGCGCACUACCAUCGAAAGUUGCUGCAUGGCGGACAACAACUGAUCAUUUCGACCGUCCGAGAACGUUUCUGGCCGACAAGCGUCCGGAAUCUCGUGCGGAAGGUGCUUCACGAGUGCGUGCCCUGUUUUCGAGUCAGACCCAAGAUCCAGGAUCAGCUCAUGGCUGACCUUCCACCGGAAAGAGUCACUCCUUGUCCACCGUUUCAGCGCGUAGGAGUCGAUUACUGCGGCCCGUUUCAAGUCGCUUACCCGCACCGACGUUCUCGGCCAGUGAAGAUCUUCGUUGCCGUCUACAUCUGCCUCGUUACCAAGGCUGUACACUUGGAGCUAGCGGCAGACUUGUCCGCUCAAGGUUUCAUUGCUACCUUGAAGCGCUUCUCCUCCCGGCGUGGUAAGCCGGAGAUAAUCAUGUGCGAUAAUGGCAGAAACUUCGUUGGAGCGAGACGUCAACUAGACGAACUUCGUCGGCUGUUCAUCAAUCAGCAGUUUCAGUCGGACGUAGUCAGGGAAGCGAACGAGGAGCAGAUAGAAUUCCGCUUCAUCCCAGCGUGGUCGCCAAACUUCGGCGGACUGUGGGAGUCAGCAGUCAAAUCGUUCAAGAUGCUGUUCAAACGGACGAUCGGCACGCACACGCUCCUGUACGACGAGAUGGCAACGGUAUUAGCCCAGGCGGAAGCAGUUUUGAAUUCCAGGCCGCUGACGCCGCUUAGUAAUGACCCGGACGAUUUCGAAGCGUUAACUCCCGGGCAUUUCCUGAUCCAGCGUCCCCUCACGGCCAUUCCGGAACCAGAUCUGGAUGGAAUUCCCGAGAAUCGGUUGUCAGCCUUCCAGAAGGCUCAACGGUACACCCAGCAGUUGUGGAAAAAUUGGUCCAAGCUGUACCUGUCGGACCUCCACAACCGGACGAAAUGGACUAUACGUCGGAACAACGUUGCAGUAGGGACCAUGGUGGUUCUGAAGGAUGAAGAACGACCGCCUCUGAAAUGGCAGCUCGGCCGGGUGACAGAGGUUCACGCUGGCGCAGACGGGAAUGUGCGGGUCGUAACAGUCAAGACCAAGGACGGCAGCUACCGCAGAGCAGUGUCUAAAAUCUGCAUUCUGCCCAUCCUCACGAUCGCCCCUGGCUCCGGUCAUCCGGAGCAGUCUCCGACCAAGAUUCCAAUCGAGCCCGUCAAGCGUACCCCUGUCAUUCGAGGUCUGUAUAGUUUCGGUGGUGGUCAGAUGUUGCAUGGAAUGAAGUUCGUCCAGCAUGAAUGCUUCAGCGGCGUCAAACGCCAGCGCUCCGGCGCCCCCCGAAGUUCCGAUGGCAACCCGCCAUCCCAGCACGACAAUCCGUCGUUGCAGUUCCGCAAUCACCAGUUCCGACGGCAGUCCCGUCCCCGUGCGACAAUCCGUCGCUACAGAUCAACAGUAAUCAGUUCCGACGGUACACUACCGUCCCAGCACGACAACCCGUCGUUGCAGUUUCGCAGUCAUCAGUUCCGACGGCACACGACCGUCCCAGCGCGACUACGUCGUAGCAGUUUUAGAGCCCAGUCCAAUGCCCAGCACCAUUCCAUCCAGCAGCGUAGUACCAACCCAGAACCAACGACGUGUCUAUCCAGUACGAGAGUGAGAGGGACAUCGGUACCAUCCGGUACCCGCGGAGGCCCGUAG